AUGUUGCUGCAUCAUGCCAUUCGAAUAGUUGAAAAGAACAACUCAGUUAAUGAUUCUAGCAAUUUGACUAAUCUGGAUUUUCGACUGAUAAAUGUAAACACUGGUAAAAAAUAUGACUAUCCUGUACUUUAUGUUUUAAAAUAGGUUUUUGGAAAACAGUGCACUCAUUUUAGUGUUGAUAAAUUAAUCGAUCUUUAAGAUGUUGUAGAUGGAUUUAACUCAUAGAGUAGAAAUUACAAGUGCCCUCAUUGUCCAAUUGUUUAUGAAGAAGUUUCUGAUUUCACACCACAUGAUCUUAAUAAAAGAAUUAUUUAAGAAUUCCAUCCUUUAACAGAUAGAAUUUCUGUCUUACAUGGAAUCCUAUUAAGUCAUAUUAAACGAAAUAAAAAAAGAUUCGGUGACCCUUUAACUUCAAGUAAAAUUGAAAAAUAAAUAAAACAAUUAUUAACAUACAAUAAAGAAGAUCAAUAUCAAAAUGCUUCAAGCAUUCUUAAUCUGGCCUUAAAUGAUUAAAGAUUUCAAUUAAAUAAUUAAUUUUAAUUCUAAUCCUUAUGUUUACUUGAUAAUGUAAAUAUAACUAUCCCAGUAAGACAUAAGGAUUGUAAACAUAUUGAAGCCUAUGAAUUAACUAGUUUGAUUUGUUAUCAAAUUGAAAAUUUUAAGGACUUAAAAAAUAAAUAAUUGCAGGAAAGAGAGUCCAAUUAAUACCUGCGUUGUAUUAAAACAGAUUGUAAAUCUAUGUUCCCCUUAAUUUCUGAUUAGUAGCUCUUAGAUUGUCUAGUUGUAGAUUUCUAAUUUUUAUAAACAAUUAAAAAGUCUUAUCCUGGAAAUCAGCUUUAUAUAGUAAGCAAGCAAGAUAGAAAUCAAGUUACUUUAACAGAUUUUAUAGUAAAUAGCAACAAUAAUAAAGAUACAUUUAUUAGAGCAUAUUGGAUGAAAAAAGAGAAUUAACCAGAAUUAGAUUCAUUAUUUACUUACCCAGAAUUUUAGAGAAUAGUAUUAGAGAAAAUGGCGACAAUAAUGAAUUAAGAAUUGCAUAAAACUGUUAAAGAUAAAAUUAAUCUAUAUAAGCAUUCCAAUUGUUUAAUGAAAUUAUAAGAUUAGUCUGGUGAUAUGGUUGAAUAUCCAGCAAGAUGUUUUAAUUGUCCAAUCUAAUUAGAGACUUAGUCUUCAUAAAAUGAAAAAAAGAUUCCAUUAUUAAAUUGGGAUAUUCGAACUUUUGUAGCAUACGUUGUACAUAAAUAGAAAAUGGCAUAAGUUAAUAAAUAAAAUUCUGAGAAAUUGAAAUGUCCACUAUGUUAAACUGAAUUUAAAAAGAAUCUAGUUCAAAUUUAAUUUAAUAAUGAAUUAAUUUAUUAUGAUGCUUAGCUAUAUUCAAAAAUGUAGAUAAACAUAAAAAAAAUAAGAGAUGAGCCAAAUAAUUAGUUCAAUUAUCAGGGAAAGGAAUACUUGCUUGAAAAUUUCAAAAAUUUGUGGAAAUAUACUCUAGAAGAUUUUUUAAGGUAUUGAUUACAAUUUAUACAUUAAGUGAUGAAGCAAAUAGAGAAAAUAUUAAAAUAUAGUACGAAUCAGUUAAAUGUCAUAAUUACAAAGAUCUCUUUAUUAAAGACCCGUUAAUAAACUUUAAAUGUAAAAAAUAAAUUAGGUUUAAUUUUGAUUAUUUCUACAAACUAUUUGCACAGAAUAAAUUUUCGUUUACGAAUGGAAUAAAAUUAUGCCAAUGCGAAGGACAAGAAUGUCAACCAGUGACAGAAAUAGAGGAAUAAUUGUAUUAUGAUAAAGUUUGGAUAGAAGCAUAUUCACAAAAACCACUUCAUUGUAACUGUGAAUACGGAUUUUCAUAUGAUUUAACAACCAAUGAAUUCAAAGAAUUAAAAAAAGGAGAGUUUGUUUUGAAGCAACUGACUCCUCCUAUUGUAAGACAUAUCAGGGAAGAUGAAACAUUUGAAAGAGGACUAUCGUUUAAAAAUACAACAGGAUAAAUGCAGAAGAUAAGACAAUAAUCACUGAUGGAAUAAUAAUGAAAAUAGA